GUUCUACUAUCCAUUCACGGCCUUGACCACAGUCUUCAUUCAUGUACUAUCCAACCCACACGAUAGCCGCAACCAGAGCGACAUAGCCCUCAUGGAAACUGUCGUUGGAUUCUUUGGUCGCCACGAAUACGUCACAGCCGGCGAGGCUGCCUUUACAAAAACGACAGAACUCGUCAGACAGGCCCGAAGGGUUAUCGACAGUUACAAAAAUAAGAGCGAUAGCCGAAGUCUCCAAAGCACAACGAGCUAUGAAGAUAUCAUGACGUCUAUGGAGAUGCCCCUGCAGGAUGGUGCCUCUAUGCAAGGCAGGCCAGCAGAGGUGGUGGAGAUGUACGCGAGCAAUUCAAACACUACUAGCCACGACGUCGACGAACCAGAUACCGCAGGCGUUGGUUUGCUCCCCCAGGUCGAAUCUUCGCGAAUGCAUACCGUUGGCGGAGAGGACCAUACUUUGUCUGGCAUCCCAACUGAUCGGAUCAUAGGCGUUCCGCAUAAUAGCCAUGCACUCUACUCCGGCAUGGCUAAUUUUGCAGUGCCCAAUGUUGGAGACUCGAUCCAAGUCCAGUGGUAG